UUUGGUGUCUCGAGCCAGGAGGCGGGAGUGACCCACAGCAGCUGACCCAGCUAGGGCACUGCCUCUCCCACAGCCCGCAGGACACACCAUGGGCCCAGAGGCUGGUUUGUGGCACACUAGCGACGACGCAGGCGGCGGUCCCGGCGACUCUCAACUACCUCCCUGACCACUACGACAACCUCCCCGAGGCCAUCGCCACCACCUGCAGGGGAUUCUACCCGCGGCAAAGCCAACCCCACAACGGACUAACAGCUACGUAAACAAUUAUGGAGGGAGAGAGGAGGCGGACCGAGGGGCCGGGGGAAGGAUGGGCCAUCGACGUCACGCCCAGAGCCCCCAUCCGGGAACUAAGGCGGAGGCUCGCCCCUCAAAAUGGCGACAGCAGUGACGCGCCUGCGUACGGAACGCAUCCGUCGCGCCCCGGACGACGGGAAGUGAGGUUUUCAGAAGAGCCGCCAGAAGUGUACGGCGACUUCGAGCCCCGGGUUGCCAAAGAAAGGUCCCCGGGGGGAAGACGAACCCCGCCAGAAAAGUUCCGGCCGGAUUCUGCGAAAGAGGAAGUGAGAGAAAGCGCUUACAAUCUUCGGUCUCGACCACGGAGGCGGCGGGGACCCCAGGAAGCCGAGGAGAUGAAGACGCGAAGGGCGGCCCGGGUUGAACAGUUCUCACAGCAGCCUCAGCCGCAGGCGUCUCCGACCACGAGCAGGCGAGGGUUCCGGGACUCUGAGUCCUCAGAGGAUGAAUCUUCUUCCCAAAUUGUUACAAACCAAACAACCUCAAAGAAAACUGUCAGAACACCAGAGACUUCAAGUCCUUUAAGUAACUUAUGCAGACCCCCACUAAGAAGCCCAAGAUCUGAUUCAACGUACAAAACAAAUGGAAAUACUAGAAUGAAUGAAAUAGAAACUGCCAAUAUCCAACAGGUCUAUUUCUCUGAAGAAGGAGAAACUGAAGAUGUCCUCAAGAGCUCUUACAGUGACGUCACUGUCAGGGUCAAAUCCAGGAAUUAUGCUGAGUCUAGCGAUGAAGCCACCAGAUCAUACAGUCAUCAAGAACAACCUUGUUUAUCACAGAGUCAGGACUUCACAGCUCAUGAGAAUCAGCCGUCAGUGCUGAGCUCAGAAUAUCAAAGAAACCCUCAAGUCAUAAGAAUGAGGACUCAACAGCCAUAUAAUAGCAUUCAGGAAUCAGAGCUUGGAAACCAAUCUCCAUCAACCUCCAGCCAACCAGAAGCUGCUGAACAACCGCAAAAUGAGUCUUCUGUCAACAGAAAGCUGUGGCUGCUCGCUCUGUUCGUUGCUUUUGUUUCUGGAGUGCUUUGGCUCCGUUAUCCUCCUGCAGUAGAAACCACUGCCGUUCAAGAAUUUCAGAACCAGAUGAAACAACUUCGGUCUAAGUACCAGAGUCAAGAUGAGAAGCUGUGGAAAAGAGGCACAACAUUCCUAGAAAGACAUCUGAAUAGCUCCCUCCCUCGGCUCCAGCCUGCCAUCCUUUUGCUCACUGCAGCCCAAGAUGCUGAAGAAGUGCUCAAGUGUCUAAGUGAACAAAUUGCCGAUGCCUAUUCUUCCUUCCGUAGUGUCCGUGCCAUCCGGAUUGAUGGGGCAGGGAAAGCUGCUCAAGACAGUGAUGAGGUCAAACAGCAAGUAGAUCAAGAACUGAGCGAUGGGUUUAAAAAUGGCCAGAAUGCAGCCGUGGUACACCGCUUCGAGUCCCUGCCUGCAGGUUCAACCCUGAUCUUCUAUAAAUACUGCGACCAUGAGAAUGCAGCCUUCAAAGAUGUAGCCCUAGUCCUGACUGUACUGUUGGAGGAGAAGACACUGGAAGCCAGUCUAGGCCUGAAGGAAAUUGAAGAGAAAGUGAGGGAUUUCCUCAAAGUCAAGUUCACCAGCUCUCACACGGCCAGCUCCUACAACCACAUGGACCCAGACAAGCUGAAUGGGCUCUGGAGCCGCAUUUCUCACCUGGUGCUGCCCGUGCAGCCCGAAAAUGCCCUGAAAGGGGGCAGCUGCCUGUGAGGGGGAAGCGGAAAUCUCGUCUCGAGGUCUGGGCAGUUUUCAGACUUUCUAACUAGAGACGGAGUCUGGAGCAGUUUUUGAAAACUGGUUUCUUUUUAAAGGAAAUUAAGUUCAUACAUAAAAGUGGAAUACCUAAAUCGUUUGUGCAGCCUUAUUAUCUGUGAUUUGAGAGAAUCGUUUCUCUGAUAACUAUGUUAAGGGUAUUUAGCAUGGGCUAAAGUCGAUGCAGUUCCCCAUGGACCUGCCUUGGUUGUGCCCAAAUCAUUCUUGCUGUGCUGUGGCCUGUGAGAAGGACUGGGUGCUUUUCUCAAAGAAUCAGCAUUCUUUUUAACUUCGGAUUCUUCUAAUUGUAGCUGUGGGUUUCCCCCAUUACUUUUCCAUUUAUACCAUUUUUAAGUGUGUGGUCCUUAGCUUUUACCUAUAAAAGACAAAAGUCAUCUGGGUGUGCAGUUUAGCGCCCCCCCCCCACUGGCUUUAGAGAGGGGAUGAAGAGGGCUUGGGAGGUGGAAAGGUAAGAGAAAUCGUUGAAUGGAGAAGGAAAAGGAAGGGGGAAAAAUAGCUGCAAGCUGGGCAGUGGUGAGCCAUGCCUGUAAUCUCAGCACUUUCCC